AUGCUAAAAUAUUAUUUAAUAAUUGCGUUUUUCGGCGCAUAUUUUGACGCAUACUGGGACGCAGCGCUAGCGCUGAGCGUAUUUCGGCCGGCCGUACCGCCCACGCCACGCUGGGGUGCCAACAUGCAAAUGUUGCGGCGUCACAACAAUGCUGCUUUUGAAUUUUGGAACGACGAUAGUGAUACAAAUCUGUGGGAGCACUGCGGUCUAUUCGAGGGUGAUAUUAUGCUACAUCGGGAGUGGUUGCGUAAUGGUUUAUUGAAUGAAAAAUUCACCUGGCCGGAUGGGACGGUACCAUUUUACAUUGACAGUAAUGACUUUAACCAAACCCAGAUUAUGACAAUUUUAGAGGCUUUCAAAGAAUACCACGAAAAUACUUGCAUACGAUUUCGUCCUUAUGAAAAAGGCGAUACCAAUUGGAUAGUAAUUAAAGGCAAUUUUUCUGGUUGUUGGUCGAGCGUUGGACGUCGACAAGGAGGUCAGGUACUUAACCUUAAUACGCCACGUUGUGUCACGCAUGGCGUCAUUGUACACGAACUUCUGCAUGCACUGGGCUUUUACCACCAACAGAGCUCGACGGAGCGCGAUGAGUAUGUAAAAAUCAAUUGGGAAAAUAUACUUGAUGGGCAUGCACAUAAUUUCAAUAAAUAUGCACGAACACAUAUAACAAAUUUCGGCGUUGAGUAUGAUUAUCAGAGCGUUAUGCAUUACAGUUCGAAAGCAUUUACGAAAAAUGGCAAGCCAACCAUUGAACCAUUGGACCCUUAUGCCUCACUGGGCCAACGCAAAGGUCUCUCCAAAAAAGACAUAUCCAAGUUAAAUGAAAUGUACCAGGAGGACUGCAAUGUGGACUACUUAUUUAGUUUUGAUCAGUUGGGCUCAUAUCUAGACCAGCUUUUGGAAUAUUUUCAAAAUAGUUUAUUUAGUCGAAACAGUCCAGAGCAACGUACAAAAAAUGUAAAAAACUAA